CUGGGCUUCAUGCAUGCGACGCAAAUCCGUUUACUAACUUUUCUUGUCCGGGUAAUAAUUAGAAUAUUUCAUGAUGAUCAAAAUUGUGGCUUUGAGUUUGAUGGUCGCGUUCGUCGCUGCGGGGCCUUAUAGGGAAAAGCGUCAAGUCAGUAACUGCCUAGAUUAUUUCAAGAAUAUCCCCAACCCUUGUAUCAACAACCCGAGCAUGCAGGUCUACUUUCCCCACCCCUCCGACAAUUCCAAAUUCAUCCAGUGUGACCGGUCUGGACGCAUGUACAUCAUUCAGUGCCCAGAGAACAUGCUCUACAGCCCCCUGACGUCAACGUGUGGGACAACUGCGGCCUCCGGAGGAACCAUCAGUCCUGCUGUAAACCUAGUGAAUGGAAAUCCUUGCACUGCACAGGCGCUCGCCGCAGGAAACAUCUACUUUGCCGUCCCUGAUGACAACACGGCAUUCAUCGAGUGCGAUUUGCUUGGGCACCCCAAUGUUCUUCAUUGCCCAGCUGGUCUUAUCUGGGAUGAGGGCCGUCUUUCCUGUGUGUACAACUUCCAGGGCAAUGGCGGAACCGGAACUGGUACUGGAACCGGAACCGGAACCGGAACCGGAACGGGCACUGUCACCCCAGGAACUGGUUCCCUCGCCAACAACUGCUCACCUGAAAACAUCGCUGCCGGCAAUCUUUUCUGGCCUCACCCGGACCCGACUAAAUUUAUCCAGUGUGAUCUGUGGGGGGAUCUCUUUGUAAACAGCUGCCCUGCUGGUCUCAUCUGGAACCAGUACUCCGAAACAUGCGCUUCCGCUUACGUCAACUAUAAUGCCGGAACAGGUGCGAAAUAAACAUGAACUGACGUCAAUUAAAAAUAUUAUGAAAUCGUACGAAUUUCGGUAAACUUCGGACAAAACGAAUCAACGCCGAAGGAACCGAUGGAUUAUAUGGGG